CCGCCCCGCGCCACCGCGGCAGCCGCGCCAGACGCAGCGCGGCUCGGAGCGCGCACGGAGCUUCUCCCGCAGCCGCCGCGGCCCGGGCAGCCCCCGCCGCCCCGCCAUGGCCCGGAACCGCCGGGAGAGGAGCAGCUGGGGUAGUUUUGCAGAGAAGACUUAUGAGUGGAGCUCAGAGGAGGAGGAGUCUGUGAGGAAGGCAGGACCAGUGCAAGUCCUCAUUGUUAAAGAUGACCAUUCCUUUGAACUGGAUGAAGCUGCCCUGAACCGCAUCCUCCUCUCAGAGGCUGUGAGAGAUAAAGAGGUUGUGGCCGUGUCUGUUGCUGGAGCUUUUAGAAAAGGAAAGUCCUUCCUGAUGGACUUCAUGCUGCGGUACAUGUACAAUAAGGAAGCAGUGGACUGGGUUGGAGAUUACAACGAGCCUCUGACUGGUUUCUCCUGGAGGGGAGGGUCUGAGCGAGAGACGACCGGCAUUCAGAUCUGGAGCGAGGUUUUCCUGGUGGACAAGCCCGAUGGUAAAAAGGUUGCAGUGCUGCUGAUGGACACACAGGGGACCUUUGACAGCCAGUCCACCCUGCGGGAUUCAGCGACCGUCUUUGCCCUUAGCACAAUGAUCAGCUCCAUACAGGUUUACAACUUGUCUCAGAACGUGCAGGAGGAUGAUUUGCAGCACCUGCAGCUUUUCACCGAGUAUGGCCGGCUGGCCAUGGAGGAGACGUUCCUGAAGCCUUUCCAGUCCCUGAUUUUCCUUGUUCGUGACUGGAGCUUCCCGUAUGAAUUUUCCUACGGCUCUGAUGGCGGUGCAAGGUUCCUGGAGAAGCGGCUCAAGGUCUCAGGAAAUCAGCACGAAGAGCUGCAGAACGUCAGAAAGCACAUCCAUUCCUGCUUCACCAAAAUCUCCUGCUUCCUCCUACCUCACCCAGGCCUGAAAGUUGCCACCAACCCCAAUUUUGAUGGAAAACUGAAAGAAAUAGACGACGAGUUCAUCAAGAACUUGAAGAUUUUGAUUCCUUGGCUUCUUAGUCCCGAGAGCCUGGACGUUAAGGAGAUCAAUGGAAACCAUAUCACCUGUCGAGGCCUUGUGGAGUAUUUUAAGGCCUACAUAAAGAUUUACCAAGGAGAAGAGCUGCCUCACCCAAAGUCGAUGCUGCAGGCCACAGCAGAAGCCAACAAUUUAGCAGCAGUUGCCACAGCCAAAGACACCUACAGCAGGAGGAUGGAAGAGGUCUGUGGUGGGGACAAGCCCUUCCUCGCACCUAGUGACCUCCAGACCAAGCACAUGGAGCUGAGGGAGGAGGCUGUGAAGCUGUUUCGCGGGGUGAAGAAGAUGGGUGGGGAGGAGUUCAGCCGCCGCUACCUCCAGCAGCUGGAGAACGAGAUCGAUGAGCUCUACAUCCAGUACAUCAAGCACAACGACAGCAAGAACAUCUUCCACGCCGCACGCACCCCCGCCACGCUCUUCGUGGUCAUCUUCAUCACUUAUGUCAUAGCUGGAGUGACCGGCUUCAUUGGCCUGGACAUCAUUGCCAGUCUGUGCAACAUGAUCAUGGGCUUGACACUUAUCACCCUCUGUACCUGGGCAUAUAUCAGAUACUCUGGGGAGUACAGAGAACUGGGCGCAGUAAUAGACCAAGUGGCCGCAGCGUUGUGGGACCAGGCUCUGUACAAGCUGUACAGCGCGGCAGCGACCCACAGACACCUGUACCACCAUGCCUUCCCCGCGCCGCAGGCCGAGCCCGCUGACCCCGCCGACAGGAAGAAGGUUUAGGGGAGGGGAGGUGCAGGAGGGAGCAGCAGCAAGGCGCCCAUGGCUCCUCCUGGGCUCAGUGCCCUCCUCCUCAUGCCCCCCAGCUCCUGCCCCGUGCCGGGGAGGGCGCAGAACCAGGGCCCGGGCGGGCGGGUCGAGGUGUCGGUGCGACGCCAUGGGGCUGGAGGGGAGGAUGUGGGCAUCUGUCAGUCUGUUAAUAUGUACAUACAGCUGCCAACCACAAAGUGCUUCUCAUCUGUUACAGCCGGCGUGCUUCCCAGCUCAUUCAUGCAGCCUUCUGUUUCCCUUCUUCAUUAGUUACCAUGUCACUGAAGAACGCGUAACUGACAUGAUACCGCAACUCAAACUCUUCCAGCCCGUAGCUUAGUCACCAGCCACCUGCUGUUCACAGACCUGAAGGAGUUCUAACGUGUAACCAAGUUUUUUCUUCAUUAACUAAUUACAUAAACACAAUUAAAA